AUGGAUGACGGCGUCACUGCAGAAGCACUUGCGGCCUGUUUCCUCUUUCUGGCCCGUUCUAGCAUUUCCGCUUCAGAGAGGCCGACAAUGGGGGUUUUUGAUCUGGUAGACAUGGUGUUCUCUGGAGGACGUUUGUCGCGGUUUGACGUUUCUCCAAGCUCACGUCGGAGUGCUUGUCUUCGCUACUCCUUGAGAGCAGAGGCCAUUGUGGACUUGCUUGAGGAAGAAAAUGUCCAAAUCCCUUCAUGGAUCUGCUUUAGCUGUGUAGACGGUAUACAUGCCCCUUCAGGAGAAAACUUUGAAGAAUGUCUCAAUGUUAUCAACGAGAGUAAGAGAGUUGCGAUGGUAGGAAUAAAUUGUGCACCACCACAUUAUGUUGAUGGUCUAAUUCGCAAAUUUAAGGAGCUGACAGACAAGAUGAUAGUAGUUUAUCCCAACAGUGGUGAGAUAUGGGAUGGCAAAGCAAAGAGAUGGCUGCUACCAGAGUGUUCCGAGGACAAUGAAUUUGGGUCAUUAGCUCUAAGAUGGCGCAUUUCUGGUGCUAAACUCAUUGGUGGCUGUUGUAGGACAUCGCUUGCAACUAUCAGUGAUAUUUCAAAAGCUAUAAAGGGGGAACCUUAA